AUGACAGACGUUCCUAGGACCCUGAGCGGGACAGAGUGCAAUGGGGACAGACCACCAGAGAAUGGCCAAGAGCAUAUCAGUCAAGCCAGUGAGGACAGAGCUGAUGCGGACGGGACUCAGCCAUACUACAAGGUGGAACCCAGUCUUGAAGAUGUACCCACAAGGAGAAAUCAAGAAAAAAGUGGACCCUCUAAAGAGAGCUUACUACCCGAAGAGCCUGCAGGUGAGAAGAUUCUCCAUGAAAACCCAGAAGAGAACCUCUUUGUUGUUCACAAGGUCAUCAAAGACCUUUCUCUCCAAGAAGCAAGUGCUGAGGACAUGGCAUUCAGAGAAGGGCAUCCAUGGAAGCAGAUUCCUCUGAGCAGCAGUGACCUGGAAGUGAGUAUGCAGAAGGAAAGGAUUGCCCACCGACCUCUAGAGCAGAGAGAAGACGAGAACACUGCAUACCAGGCGGCAGAAAUUGAAUGGUUGGGGUUCCAGAAAUCUAGUCAAGUUGACAUAUUGCAUUCUAAAUGUGACGAGGAACCAGAAGUUUGGGAUGAAGAAGUUAACGAGGAAGACGCUGAUGACUGCAAUGAUGAUGAAGACGAAGUUCGAGUCAUAGAAUUUAAGAGAAAACACAGCGAAGGUUUUCAAUUAAAAGAGGAAAACCAUCCAAGCGAAGACUCCCCACUAAGCAGCCCCAGCUCCCAGCCAGGGACCCCUGAUGAGCAGCCCGUGUUAGGAAAGAAGGGAGAUAUCUCCAGGAAUGUUUAUUCCAGAUACAACACGAUAUCCUAUCGGAAGAUCAGGAAAGGGAACACCAAACAGAGAAUUGACGAAUUCGAGUCGAUGAUGCACUUGUAA